AUGAGGCCAAUCUGUCAGUCAUUCUUGGCCAAUCAUAAAUCAGUCAAUACAGCAAGAAGGCAGACUGGGCGGGGCAAGUAUGGGACGUGCAAAGUCCAUCGCUCAUGUCAGGAAGACAGCAUAAUUCCCGGGACCAUUUGCAAGGCUAGCAAAUUUGCUGCAAUGGGCAAACCGUAUUGUCUUCGUUGCGCACGAACGUUCCGCUCCGUGCAUGCCCUUCAGCAGCACUACAACGAUUCGUUCAGCCAUCAUCGAUGCGAUGUGUGCGGGACUGAUGAGCCCACAUGGGAGAAACUGCUGCAACACCACCGAAAGACAGGGCACCGAGUUGUGUGCCAGGGCUGCGACGACGGAGAUGGGAUGACGUGGAUACCUGGGUCGCAAGAGUAUCAAGAUCAUCUGAGAGAGUGCAAUGUCUGCACAACGUGUGAAGAGCACUUUCAAAGCCCUGGCAACCUGGAGAAUCACAAAAUAGCGCAUCUGCAACGAACGAUCAAGUGCUAUGGUUGUGACAGGAAAUUUCCCACGUAUCCGUCCAUGAUCAUACACCUCGAGUCCGGUGCGUGUCCUUCCGAGAUCGACUACAUUGAUUUGAACGAAUCUGCCGCCCUGUGCUACCAAUGGAAGGCGUUUCUUGACGAAGAUUACCGGGACGACUUGCUUGACCGUUAUGACUUGGACUUGCAAUAUGCCGAAACCGUGUAUCCGUUUGAGUGUCCGGGAUGCGAUUCCUACUUCAGGAGGCUGUCGGCCUUGUUUCAGCACGUUUACAGCACUGCUUGCAAUCAGGAUUUGCAAUCCGGCAAGAUAGGCAAGUUAGUUAGAUGGCUGGAAAGGAGGCACGAUGCGAGCGGGAGUGAAUGA